UGGAGGGGAAGGAGGGAGAAACGCCGACCGUCUGACUCACACAGACAGGGCAGGGGUGAGAGGCAGUACUCUAUGCUGUAGUUACGUGGAACUACACAAAGCUGGGAAAUCUACUACAACGCACAUCUUUUUCCAACUUUUUGCGCAUACAAUGUGAGGAAAAUGGCCGAGACAAGCUGUGACUGGGUGGAGAUCUUGGAGCCGCGCUCGCGGGAGCGCAUGUACGUGAACCUGGCCUCAGGGGAGUGUGGCUGGGAGCCCCCCCCAGGCGUCGCCGUGCGCCAGUCUGACGGCAACCAGUGGUGGGAGCUGUUUGACAGCCACAACAAUCGCUUCUACUACUACAACAGUUUAAGCCAGCAGACGGUUUGGCACCGGCCCCAGGCCUGCGACAUUGUGCCACUGGCCCAGCUACAGGCCAUGAAGAGGAGCUCAGAGACGGGCCUGAGCGGCCCCAUCAAGCCCCAGAGAGGGGGAGGAGAGGGCCGCCGCACACCCCUACCUAACCAGGCCUACCCCAUGCCCCCCUCCCAGGACCCUGACAGCAGCGGGAGGUCGACCCCGUCUAAGGGGCUCUGUGACAGCCUGGAGAACAGGAAAGAUACCCCCAGGGACCCAGGUCAAAGAUGGCAGCCUGCUCCAGGGUCGAAGGCAGCCAUGUUGGUGAAGGUGAACAGUAUUGGCAGGAACCAGUCCGUGGUUCCCGCUAGCACCCUGCACCUACUCCACCUCAACAACCUCAGCCCUGGAAGCCCAGCUGUGUACCAAGUCCACUCAGACAGACCCAGCCCUGUAGGCAAGAUGGCUGCCCCCGUGGACCCCAAGCAAGCCUUCCACCUGAAGAAGGCAGACAAUGGUAACUUCUGCCUGGUGAUGCCCUCCACUGGCGGCAAGGUCUACCAGACCCCCCAGAGGUCUCAGGCUGGCACCCCCAGGCCCUCCUCGCCCCAGUACGCUGCCACUCCGCCCAUCUAUGAUGAACCACCCAUGGAUCCACCUAUCUAUGAUGAACCCCCCAUGGAGGUGGAGGGGGCCCACCUCCUGAACAAGCCCUUCACACCAUCCACCAGCCUGCAGAGGGUCCGCCAGCCCCAGUCCCACCCCCAGACCCAACCCCAGCAGCAGCCCAAGCUUCUCCAAUACCCAGCCUCUCACCUGAGCUCCAAACACAAGAGGAACCCCUCCGCCACAGAUUACAGCCCCGCUGGACGGGAGUGCAUCAAACACAUGGUCAACGUGGACCCUGCCACCUGCAAGCAGAGCCCCUUAUCCCAGCCUAUCCAGACAGAGCAGGGUCCUGUCCCAGACCCUGACCUGCCGCCCUCUCCAUCCCCCUCCCCAGCCCCAGACGUGACCCAGCCCAGGCCCAAGGAGGUGAGCCUAGAGAAGAAGCAGUCAUGGCGUCUCCUGGAGGCCAGCGCGAGGAAGAACAUGGAGGCCCGACACAGCCGACAGAACAGCCUGGCCUCCCAAGAGUACCCGGCACCGGCCGCCGUCACCUACCAGGACUCAGGCUACUCCACGGGGCCCUCGCCCAGCCUGAGGAGGAAGAACCGCAGGAGAGCCCUGGGCGGAGGGGCUGGGGGGGCAGGUGGUGCAGGGCAGGGCCGGCCAGGCUCAGUGGGCAGCAGUGGGGAGCUCAGUGCCCUGAAUGAGAAGCUGAUGGCAGAGAUGCGAGCGGUGGUGAGUCGCUCAAACACCCUGCGUGGCAGUAAGGCUAGCCUGGACACAGAGAUGUCUGAGGGGUCUGUACCUCGGGCCCGUUCCCCCUUGAACUCCCUAAAGAAGUACGGGGGCCGCAGUGCCUCCCGGGAGGACAUCAGUGCCAGUAACCGCUCUCUGUACCGGGCCGGGAGCGGGAGUAACCACGGCAACGUGCCCCUCUUGUCCCUGGUGUCAGACAGCAUGGUGCGUCAGAAACGGACCUAUGAGAAGGUGGACACUCUGGAGAAAAGCAUCACCAGCCAGAACAGUCUAUCCUCCCCAGAGCCCCCCAUGUCCCCCUCCCAGGCAGGAACACUGGAAUCCAAGGUCCAGUCGGAGAUCUCAUCACAAGGGGGAGGUAAUGGUCACGGGGGCACCCGGGGCUCCCCCCAUGGAGUCAUUGUGACUGGAGACAGAGGAGAAGGUGGGGGAGGUGGAGGAGGAGGCGUGGGUUACCAGUAUCCUUACACCACCCUCUGCAAACCUCCUCCAGAUGCCAACAUGGUGGACUGGGCCAGUAAGAACCUGAACCAGCACACUCAGGGCCUGUUCCGCCGCCGUGUAUCCAUCGCCAACAUGCUCUCCUGGAACAGAGGCUCCAUUAAGAAGCCCAUGCUGAUCACCAGCGACCGUGCCGUCAAGAAGGAGGCCUGUGAGAUGUUCAAACUGGUCCAGGCCUACAUGGGGGACCGUCCGGCCCGGCUGGAGCGCCGUCACGCUGCCCUGCUGGUGGUCACUAAGUGCUGGGGCAUGCAGGGCCUGAGGGACGAGUUGUACAUCCAGCUGGUCAGACAGACCACUGACAACCUGAGCCUGAGAAGCCUGGAGGCCGGCUGGGAACUCAUGGCCAUCAGCCUGGCCUUCUUCUCCCCCUCGCCCAAGUUCAGACGCUACCUGGAGGGUUACAUCCAGAGACACCUGGAGCCCUCCAACGACAAGAAGAUCAUGCAGCACAUUAUGGAACAACAGGACAUGAAGAACAAGAAGAACUCAAAGUCCCGGAAGAAGAGGAAACAGAACAAUGAGGAGGAAGAAGAGGAGGGCCUGCCAAUCAGCACUUAUGCCAAGUACUGCUACCGCAAGCUGCAGAAGGUAGCCGUGACUGGGGUCAAAAAGGGUCUAAGGAAGCCCACCCUUGAGGAGUUAGACCAGGGGAGGAACGCCAUCGUGACCCCCUCCCUGUUCGGCAGUGCCCUGGAGGAGAUCAUGGAGCGUCAGAGCGAGCGGUUCCCUGAGCGCAGGCUCCCCUGGGUGCAGGUGCAGCUGUCCCAGUACGUCCUGGCCCUGGGAGGGGCCCAGACAGAGGGAAUCUUCAGGGUGCCUGGAGAUAUUGAUGAGGUGAAUGCACUGAAGCUGCAGGUGGAUCAGUGGAAUAUUCCAGAAAACCUUGGCGACCCCAACGUCCCAGCGUCUCUGCUGAAGCUGUGGUACAGGGAGCUGGAGGAGCCAGUCAUCCCGCAAAGUUUCUAUAAGCAGUGCAUCAGUAACUAUGAGGAUCCAGAGGCAGCGAUUAGCGUGGUGCAGUCUCUGCCUGAGCUCAGCAGGCUGGUGCUCUGCUACUUCAUACACUUCUUACAGGUGUUUGCCCAGCCCGUCAAUGUGAGUAAGACCAAGAUGGACGUGAACAACCUAGCCAUGGUGAUGGCUCCCAACUGUCUCCGCUGCCAGUCGGAUGACCCACGCAUCAUCUUUGAGAACACACGGAAAGAGAUGUCCUUCUUACGCAUGCUCAUUGUUCACCUGGACACCAGCUUCGUCAAGGGCAUCAUCUGAGGAGGCUCCCUCUAGACCGUUCUAUCCAUCAAAACCAAUCCUCCAUGCCCUGGAAAGCUGCACUCGUCAACUAUAGCUGCUUCCUCUUUCAAUCAUACCAGUCUCUACUGCCACCUCACCCACAACAAGCCCUCUGUUCCUUCACACAUCUCACAUCUCAACCCUAUAUUCUCUCUGGUUCACUAACACCACAUUCUGAGGACUACAGACAGUGGACUGCCCAGACAGUGACUGGAUAUCAAGACAGUUUUCCUGCUCUGAAUCGUCUUGUUUGAGACUUUGGGACAAGCUCACAUGUGAUGGUAAUGGGAGACUGUUCAUCCGUUUGAAAGCACACUGCAGGACAUACUGUACUUACUAUAUGUACAGUGAGGGAAAAAAGUAUUUGAUCCCCUGCUGAUUUUGUACGUUUGCCCACUGACAAAGAAAUUA